AUGACCCUGACAGGCGUGCGACCUCUGUAUCCAUCAAGUCACCGUUCUUCUAGUUCGGAUGUGCGAUCCGAUGUGAUGGAACGGAAGGAUCGCCACUUGGAUGAUGCUCAGCGAUGCCGUCCAUCUUACCAUAUCACCGCACCCCGCGGGUGGCUGAAUGACCCGUGCGGUCUGGGAUAUGAUCCGACAGCCGGUCUCUACCACCUGUCAUUUCAGUGGAACCCCAAAGGCAACGACUGGGGAAAUAUCUCAUGGGGACAUGGUGUUUCUAAGGAUCUGCUUGCCUGGGAGAUAUUCCCCGAGCCGUGCCUGGAGCCCACCACCGCAUACGAUCAUUGCGGCAUUUUCACAGGGUGUCUCCGACCAACUGCUGUGAAUGGGGCUCCACAUACGCUCACUGUUGUAUACACCUCCGUGAAACGCCUCCCGAUUCACUACACCCUGCCAUAUGUGCCCGGGUCUGAGUCAGUCAGUAUGGCUACUUCACAGGACCAAGGCUUGACGUGGCAGCGUCUUGAUUGCAACCCCGUUCUACUGCGACCCCCGGAGACUGUCACGGUAACAGGCUGGAGGGAUCCAUUUAUUGGCCGUUGGCAGUUCAUGCUGCAACAACCAGGAGCCUUCCAAUCCUCUGACCUCUGCGGGCUCAUCUCGGGAGGUAUUGCCGGAAAGACCCCAACGGCUUUCGUAUACUCGAUAAAUCCCCACGACUUACGGCAAUGGAAUUACUUGGGACUGCUGGUUCACGUUGGACUUAACUUCCAACCAUCCCGAUGGUCUGGCGAUUUGGGGGUCAACUGGGAGGUCGUCAACUGGGUGCCUUUGACGGAUGACGAGAAGACCACCAGAUACUUCAUAAUCAUGGGUGCUGAAGGAUGUCUGGAUUCUAGAAAAUAUGUAAAAAGAACUCCCCGGGCACAGCUGUGGAUGUCCAUCAAGCCUUGCUCUAGUGCCGCCGAUGCUCUCGCAACCUAUGCGUUCUCCGGGAUCUUUGAUCAUGGGUGCUGCUAUGCGGCGAAUAGCUUCUGGGAUCCAAUCACGGCUCAGCAGAUCGUCUAUUGCUGGAUUACAGAGGAAGAUUUGCCGGAUGAUCUUCGACACCAACAAGGCUGGAGCGGCAUGUUGUCUAUCCCGCGGGUAGCCAAGUUGAUAACUCUACAUCGCGUAAGGCGAGCUCGGCAUUCUGAGCUGAGUGCCAUCACCUCCAUAGAGACCCAACGAGUGACCCAGCAGACUUCCACCAUUCGAACGCUGGGCAUUCAGCCGGAUCCACGGCUCGAGGGUCUUCGCAACGAAAGGUGCAAGAUGCACGUUGAUAAUCUCCCUUUAGAAAACCGCAGGGAUGGUGACUCUCUAUCCAGUCCCCAUCUUUCACUGAUAACAUCAACAUGGGAAGUUUUGGCCGAGUUCUCUGUUAGCAACCAGUGCAGCGCAGUGGGGAUGGAAAUCAAACACGGGGACGAUAUGCAGCACCGCACCAUCCUAUACUGGGAACCAUCCCGUGAAACCUUUAUAGUCCAACGGCCUCUACCCCACGACUCCCGCAUCAACCAUGACCCCGAGUCCGCCCCGCAUACAUUAUUCACAUUCAAGACUCUGUCCGGAGAGGAAAGGGAAGAGACGCUUCAGAUCCACGCGUUCUGGGACACCAGCGUGCUGGAAGUCUUCGUAAACGAGCGCACUGUCAUCUCCACCCGGAUUUAUCUUCUACCUAAUCAGGCCCGCUGCUCGAGACUGCGUUUCUUUGCCGAGGGAAAGUCGGACUCCCCGCCAGCUGUGCUUCUGCAGGCCAGCGGAUGGGACGGGCUGGGUGUCAGUCAGUAA